AUGAAAAGAAAAAGAAGUUCAACAGCCUCUGAUGCCCAAAAUGGCGACAAGGACGCAGAGGAAGUUGCCAAUGAAGGAAUUCGAAGCAUAACAGAUCUCCCAGAACCCGUCUUUCUCACAAUUCUGCUUCAACUUCCCAUGAAGACAAUUCUCAUUUGCAGGUGUGUAUGCAAACCUUGGCGCAAUCAUAUAUCCAGUUCCAAAUUUGCUAAGUUGUACUCUAGAAAAGCACGUGCUUGUCUCCUGAUUCGAACCAAUGAUCCUAAACGUGUUUCAAGAACCAUCCACCUUGUUGAGCUUGAACAUGAAAAUUUCGAUCUGGGGUGUUUAUUUUGUGAUGCCGGUUGCCCUCAGUGUGACCUUCAUGUAAACAUGGAACUUGACACCAAAGUUAAGCUUCCAUUACGUGAUGCCAAGAUGGUACUCAACAGCAGAGAUGAUGUCACUUCCAGUGUGAAGCUUAAUCCUAAAGUUGGAGUAAGCAAGAAAAAGUGUUUCAUUGCCUCAAAAAACCCCAAAGACCACAAGUUUGGCUUAGUGAACCCGUGUGAAAGGGUUGCUUUGCUUGUCUGA